AUGCAGUCGUUCGUUUCUAUCGUUUGUUUUCUUGCUCUGCUCACGCAGGUCUGUGCCUGGGGACCGCGGCAGUCGCUAGACGGCCCACCAGGUCACUACGGAGGUUUACACACGCACGGUGCUAGCUUCGUGCCCGAUCACAUCUUGCGGCUAACCUACGAGAAUGUCUCAAUAGCUUGCGAGAAACGACCGUCUGUACUCGUUAAUGGCACCUUGGUCGGACCAACGCUGAGGCUGGAGCCUGGGAAGAGGAGUUGGAUCCGGGUUUACAAUGACAUGAAGGAGUACAACGCCACCAUGCAUUGGCAUGGACUGAGUAUGCGCAUGGCACCUUUCUCGGAUGGUACUCCGUCAGCGAGUCAAUGGGCGAUCCCCGCCGACCAUUUCUUUGACUACGAGGUCUACCCAUUGUCAUCAGAGUCCGGAACCUACUUUUACCACUCACACGUCGGAUUCCAAGCGGUGACAGCAUCUGGACCGUUGAUCAUUGAAGACAAAGCAGAGCCCCCCUAUGAAUACGAUGAAGAACGCAUAGUAUAUUUCACGGACUACUUUAACAAGUCGGAUUCUGAAAUCGAGAAGGGCUUGACAGCAACACCUUUCACAUGGUCAGGCGAGACUAACGCAGUUCUUAUCAAUGGUGUCGGCGUGUCCAUUGGAGAGACAGCCGGGGACGGAAGUUGCAAGCUGCCAGUAAUUGAUGUCGAGCCGGGCAAGAUCUACCGAAUGCGCUUCAUCGGCGCCACUGCCUUAUCCCUGGUGCAGAUGGGCAUUGCUGGUCACGACAACUUUACAAUCAUUGAAGCGGAUGGCCACUACACCAAGCCACAUACCGAAAAGUUCAUGCAGGUGUCUACUGGCCAACGAUUCGAUGCCAUCUUCCAGGCCAAAAGCGAGGAGGAACUCAAUGGAACCACCGACUACCUCAUUCAGUUGGAAACCAAAGACCGACCCAAGGUUUAUCACGGUUACGGUGUCCUUCGAUACUCCAAGGCCCAACCACAGAUCACCACGGCACCAGCUGUACCUCCGUUGGUCUUCUCUAAUAAAACCUACGAGUGGGCCGAAUACGCCUUGGAGCCGUUGGAACCGAACAACUUUCCCAAGGCUAGCGAGGUGACACGACGGAUCUACAUUGAUAACCGUCAACUCGCAACGCAAACCACGCUUUGGCAGUUGAACGGACUUCAGUGGAACGAUACUUCGUCGCCUUAUCCAGGAGACCGGCCUUACUUGGUUAAUAUUUACGAAAAUGGACCAUCCGCAAUGCCUAACUACACUGCCGCCAUUAACAACAACGGCUGGGACCCCACGACUUUGACCUGGCCAGCAAAAUUGGGCGAGGUUCUUGAGAUCAUUUGGUACAACACAGGAUCCUUAGUCAACGGAGGUGGUGGUCUCGACUUCCACCCUUUCCAUGCUCAUGGCGGACAUUACUUUGACAUUGGCAGUGGGAACGGCACUUACAACGCCACUGAAAACGAGAAAAAGCUGAAGAAUUACAAUCCUGUCAAGCGAGACACAACAAUCCUUUACAGGUACGGAGAGAAGACUAGAUCGGGUGACGUUUCUGGCUGGAGAGGCUGGCGUCUGCGCGUGGAGGACGCUGGCGUGUGGAUGCAUAUGAUCAUGGGCAUGCAAAGUGUCUGGGUCAUGGGAGAUUACCAAGACAUCACAGGCAUUCCCGCUGUUGAUGCCGCUGGGUAUUUGCAAUAUGGGGGGAACGUUAACGGCAAUGCCACCUUUCCACCCACAGUUGUGCAUUUCUUUGAAGAAGACAAGUAG